GCAGUUUGGGCCAUCACGUACAGUGCGUUUUUGAUGCCAUCAGACAGGUAGCUCUUUGGCAAUGGUGUAGGCUGCGCCUCUCACGUCACCCUCGCCCAAAAUGACAAUCUCCGACGACCAAGAUUUUAUACGAUAUUAGAGAGAGAGAGAAAGAGAGCAUCUCCAUGAACUCCGACAUGGACGUUGAAUCAGUAAUAGAGUUUCUGGGCUGUGUUCCUUUGCUUCAGAGGCUUCCGAGCUCAUCUCUCAAGAAAAUUGCUCAAGUCGUCACAUUUAAAUGCUAUGAUCGUGGAGACUAUGUUGUCCGUGAGGGGGAAUCUGGGGAUGGAGUUUACUUCGUAUGGGAAGGAGAGGCUGAAGUUUCAGGAUCGGUGAAUGCUGAGGAAGCAGGUCAUCCUGAAUUUCAAUUAAAACAGUAUGAUUAUUUUGGCCACGGUUUUGCAACAUCUGGGCAUGUGGCUGAUGUGACUGCUUUGACUAAGCUGACCUGCUUAGUGCUGCCACAUGAACACUGUACUUUGCUUCAGCCAAAGUCAAUCUGGAGUGCAGACAAAUCGCGCGAUACAUGUCCACUUGUGGAGAAUAUAUUGCACUUGGAUCCAAUUGAAGUGAACAUAUUCCAGGGGAUUACCUUACCUGAUGCUCCAAAAUUUGGGAAGGUUUUUGGAGGACAGUUAGUUGGACAGGCAUUGGCUGCAGCAACAAAAACCGUUGAUUGUCUUAAGGUCGUCAAUAGUUUACACUCAUAUUUCCUUCUUGUUGGGGAUUUUAACAUGCCAAUUUUAUAUAUAGUUCAUCGACUACGUGAUGGGAAGAGCUUUGCAACCCGAAGAGUAGAUGCAAUACAAAAAGGAAAUAUCAUUUUCACAUUGCUUGCUUCGUUUCAGAGAGAGGAACUGGGGUUUGAACAUCAGGAAGCAACUAUGCCAUCUGUGCCUGCACCAGAGACGCUUCUAUCAAUGGAAGAAUUGCGUGAGAGACGCCUUAUGGAUCCUCGUCUUCCCAGGACUUAUCGGAACAAGUGUCACGUCUGCCAACUUUUAUUUGAUUACAAUGCCAAGUAUGGAUAUUCAUGUUUGUAUAAUUUUGCAAAUUUACAUGCCAAAUCUCCUUGGACUACAAUGGCAUUAAUCUGCAGCUUGAAAUACUGGUUUAGGGCAAGGGAAAAACUUUCAGAUGACCAGGCUUUGCAUAGAUGUGUUGCUGCAUAUGCUUCAGACCUGAUAUUCAUUUCAGUAAGUUUGAAUCCUCAUCGUGGAAAAGGUUUGAAGGCAACUUCUGUUAGUUUGGAUCACUCAAUUUGGUUCCAUCGGCCUUUCAGAGCUGAUGAGUGGAUAUUAUUUGUGAUGGUAAGCCCUGCCGCCUCUAAUGCACGUGGCUUUUGUUCGGGUCAAAUGUUUACUAGGAUGGGACAGCUUGUUGUGUCAGUGACUCAAGAGGGCCUCAUUAGGAAGGCAAAAACACUAGAUUCGGAUGUCAUAUCAAAGCUGUGAAUGGGGACGCUGGGGCAUGUGGAUAGAAGAGCGUUGCCCUGCAUUCUCAAUGAAUCUUCUCCACUCAUCUGCUCUGAUCAAUACCAGAUAUUGGGUCACUGUUCUAUAGCAUUUUUAAGCAACUGAAACUUUGUGCACAGAGCAAGCAAGUGCCAUUUUUUGCCCCCAUCAGGAGUAGCCAUACGGUUAUUUGCGCUGAUCAUUUUUGUUUGUCGAAUCCUACCACUAAAAAUUAAGCUAAAACCAGAGGAUUAUUUACUUUGGUGACUUUUUUCUUCUUCUUCUUCAAAUGAAAUUUGGAAAUUCUCAGAGAUGCUAUCAUUUGUUCUGUGUCGAGAAAGAGAUGAGUAGCAUUUGUCCUCAAAAGCUUUUCCAAUAGCAUCCCAAAUUGACGCA